CACCGCUGCCUUCCUCCGCGGGGCGCCAGCCGCCUGAGGCCCGAGCAAGAGCGGACGGCGGGCGCAGCUGCAGCUUGAGGGCCGGCGGGGGCUCGUGGGUCCCGCACCUUUGCUCCUCCUCAGCGCCCGCGUCCUCGGACAUGGUGGCCCCCGGCUCUGUGACCAGCCGGCUGGGCUCGGUGUUCCCCUUCCUGCUCGUCCUGGUGGACCUACAGUACGAAGGUGCUGAAUGUGGAGUAAAUGCAGAUGUUGACAAACAUCUUGAAUUGGGCAAGAAACUACUGGCAGCUGGACAGCUAGCUGAUGCCUUAUCUCAGUUUCAUGCUGCAGUAGAUGGUGACCCUGAUAACUAUAUUGCUUAUUAUCGGAGAGCUACUGUCUUCUUAGCUAUGGGCAAAUCAAAAGCAGCACUUCCUGAUUUAACUAAAGUGAUUGAAUUGAAGAUGGAUUUCACUGCAGCAAGAUUACAGAGAGGUCACUUGUUACUCAAACAAGGAAAACUUGAUGAAGCAGAAGAUGAUUUUAAAAAAGUGCUCAAAUCAAAUCCAAGUGAAAAUGAAGAAAAAGAAGCCCAGUCCCAACUCAUCAAAUCUGAUGAAAUGCAGCGUUUGCGUUCACAAGCACUUGAUGCUUUUGAAAGCUCAGAUUAUAUUGCUGCUAUAACCUUCCUUGAUAAGAUUUUAGAGGUUUGUGUUUGGGAUGCAGAACUACGGGAACUUCGAGCUGAAUGUUUUAUAAAAGAAGGGGAACCUAGGAAAGCGAUAAGUGACUUAAAAGCUGCUUCAAAAUUGAAGAAUGAUAAUACUGAGGCAUUCUAUAAAAUCAGCACACUGUACUAUGAGCUAGGAGACCAUGAACUGUCUCUCAGUGAAGUUCGUGAAUGUCUUAAACUUGACCAGGAUCAUAAAAGGUGUUUUGCACAUUAUAAACAAGUCAAGAAACUUAAUAAGCUGAUUAAGUCAGCUGAAGAGCUCAUCAAAGAAGGCAGAUACACAGAUGCGACCAGCAAAUAUGAAUCUGUCAUGAAAACAGAGCCAAGUGUUUCUGAAUAUACAAUUCGUUCAAAAGAAAGGAUUUGCCACUGCUUUUCUAAGGAUGAGAAGCCUGUUGAAGCUAUUCGAGUGUGUUCGGAAGUUUUACAGAUGGAACCUGACAAUGUGAACGCUCUGAAAGACCGAGCAGAGGCGUAUUUAAUAGAAGAAAUGUACGAUGAAGCUAUUCAGGACUAUGAAACUGCUCAGGAACACAAUGAGAAUGACCAGCAGAUUCGAGAAGGUCUAGAGAAAGCACAGAGGCUACUGAAACAGUCACAGAAACGAGAUUAUUAUAAAAUCUUGGGAGUAAAAAGAAAUGCCAAAAAACAAGAAAUCAUUAAAGCAUACCGAAAAUUAGCACUGCAGUGGCACCCAGAUAACUUCCAGAAUGAAGAAGAAAAGAAAAAAGCUGAGAAAAAGUUCAUUGACAUAGCAGCUGCUAAAGAAGUCCUCUCCGAUCCAGAGAUGAGGAAGAAGUUCGACGACGGAGAAGACCCCCUGGAUGCAGAAAGCCAGCAAGGAGGGGGCGGCAACCCUUUCCACAGAAGCUGGAACUCAUGGCAAGGGUUCAAUCCCUUCAGCUCAGGCGGACCUUUUAGAUUUAAAUUCCACUUCAAUUAAACCAGCUGUUUUUCUGCUCUUCAUUUUUUAAAGAUUAAAAACAAAAAAACCUU